AUGAUGAAAUCAUUCAAAUUAUCUAUCUCAUCAUUCUCUAUCAUACUAUUCAGUAAUAGUUUAACAUUGGUUUCUUCCUUAAGAAUCACUUAUCCAACUCAAGAUACUGUAUUGAAUUUCAACAUACCGAAUAAUAUCACUUGGGAAUAUUUACCUACUGAUCCACUCUUCUUUGAUAUCCAACUUUUGAAUACUAACUCGAACUUGUCGAAUUCUUCAAAUGGGUUUGCAAUCACUAUGAAAGAAUCACAAUCUAGCCCAACAGGAUUUUUUACUUUACCUCUAAAUAGCUCUUUGAUAAAUGGAUCAAAUUAUCAAUUCCUUUUGAUUUCUUCUAACGCUGCUCUUCCUGGUAUACUUGCACAAUCCCCUAAAUUCAUCAUUUCUAACUCAAAUUCAACUUUGGUAAAACAAACUUCGACAAAUAAUUCAAUACCAUUAACAAAUUCUUAUAAACCAAGUGAUGAUGCAGAUUCGAGCUCUACUUCUAUUUUAUCAAAUUCAAAUCAUUUCACUUUGGUGUUUUCUUUCUUUGUUUUUUCAAUGUUUUUGAUUUGA